UGACUGGCCCUCAAAAACUUCUCUGUUACUUCUCGACUCUCCUUGUCCAACCUCCCGUUUCACAUUUCUCUUUUCCUCUUCUUUUCCCCGUCCCUACCUUGCCUGGGUUUCUCUCAAUCCUCCUUUCUCUUGUUACGAUUACGAUUUCUCUCUUUUUGACGAUUCUUUCUCCUCAUCUCCCCCUCUCACACUUCUUUAAACUUUCCUUCGCCUCCCACCCUCCUCUCUCCUCCUUCCGGCUUGUCUUGAAUUCUGCAUUGCCCUAGCGUUUCGCCUUGUUUUCGCCUUGCUCUUUUUUGUUCUAUCGACAAUUGUACCAUAAUUCGCCUGCCUGUUGUUGUUUUUUUUUUUCUUCUUCUUGUCCUUCUUUUCUGCCCGAUGACAGCUCCCUCUUGAGCUGUCUCAAGUCGCUUUGCCCCCCAUGGAUAACGCCAACCUGUGGACUCGCCGAUCCAACUCCUCCAAACUCUCCCUGUCUAUGGCUGGGACUGACGGCAAAGAAAGUGGUGCCCGAGUUGACCUUUCCCGCACAUCCAAGCGUUUCGGUCCGGACAGCUCCCACGGUGGUCGAUCCAAUCCCUUCAACGCUCUCUCCCCUCUUUCCGGUGGGGUGUCCUCUCCCUCUACGAAUGCAUCCUCUGCGUUUGGCCUAGGCUCGGGCGCCUUUGCGUCCUUCGGAGCUCCCAAGACCCCCGGGGCAAUAUCGGACGUGAAGACUCCCGGGGAGAAGCGGGAUAAUCCAGUGGAUCAGGCUGUUGCGACAUCCACGGAGGGCGUCAAGUCCAAGGGCUCUGCGACAUCGCCUGCCAAAGAGCAUCUGUUAAGAUCUACCUGGGUUAUCUGGUAUCGCCCCCCGACACCCAAAUACUCCGACUACGAAAAGUCCACCGCUCCCCUUGCCUCCCUCUCCUCGGUCGAAAGCUUCUGGUCGAUAUACUCGCAUCUGAAGAGACCUUCCCUCCUCCCUACGGUCUCCGACUACCAUAUCUUCAAGAAGGGGAUUCGCCCGGUAUGGGAGGACGAAGCUAAUAAGAAGGGUGGAAAGUGGAUUGUGAGACUGAAGAAGGGCGUCGCGGAUCGGUACUGGGAGGAUCUUCUGCUGGCCAUGAUUGGGGACCAGUUUGCGGAGGCGAGUGAGGAGGUCUGUGGUGCUGUGCUCAGUGUGCGAAGCGGGGAGGAUGUUCUUAGUGUGUGGACUCGGAUCGACGGGGGGCGCAAUAUUAAGAUCAGAGAAACGAUCAAGCGCUUGCUUGCCUUCCCCGCGGAUACAAACAUUGUGUGGAAGAGCCACGACGACAGCAUUGCCCAGCGCUCUGCUAUCGACCAGGCUCGCCAGGAGAAAGCGGCCGGCAACACCAGCAGCCACCACCAUCAUCACCAUCACCACAACCACCCUCCUAACCAGCACCACCAUCACCAAUUCGGGACGGAUCGCCGAAGAACUACCACUGCGGACGACUCUGUGGGGGAUAAAGGAAAGGGACCGGCGUCUUGACAUGCUUUAUCUGAGUCUUGAGUUAUGAUCGUGUAUAGUAAGAAAACACAAAAAUCAUUUGGGAUGAUUUGGGACCGGGGACAUUUGGGGCGAAUAUUUUGCGUGUGAUUUGACUUGGGGUUAUGUGCUCAUUUUGGUUUUCCUUCUUUUCUUUCUUCCCUCCUUCCUUUCCUUUGGUUAUCUUCUUCUUCUUCUUCUUCUUCUUCUGGAAGUUUUCUCCUGCUCUCCAACGUUCCUCUCCUGCCUGUCCUGCCUGCAUAAAAAAAUGUGAGUGGACGCAAAUGGGAGGCAUUCUGUGACGAUGCCCCCAACUAGUAUUUAAAGUACAAAAAAUAUACCAGGCCAUAAUAAGCAUGAAUCUUGC